UAGUCCGGCUGCAUAAAGGCAGUUGGCAUCGCCAUCAGCGAUCUUUCCAUUCGCAUGCUGAAGUAGGGAACGGAUCAUGUCUUGCGAUUCUGCUGAUUACAACAGCUCAAAAGAUAGAGACCAUGGGGGGCCAGAUGGGAUGGAGCCUGAUGGUGUCAUCGAGAGCAACUGGAACGAUAUCACGGACAACUUUGAUGAUAUGAACCUGAAGGAGACUCUUCUCAGGGGCAUAUAUGCAUAUGGUUUUGAAAAGCCAUCUGCCAUUCAACAACGGGCGAUCAUACCUUGCAUCAAAGGCUAUGAUGUCAUUGCGCAGGCCCAGUCGGGCACUGGCAAGACGGCCACGUUUGCCAUCUCUAUCUUGCAGCAGCUGGACAUUGAGAUGAAGGAGACUCAGGCUCUGGUGUUGGCUCCCACCAGAGAGCUGGCUCAGCAGAUCCAGAAGGUCGUUAUGGCUCUGGGUGACUACAUGGGGGCAAGCUGCUAUGCCUGCAUCGGAGGGACCAACGUCCGCACCGAAAUAACAAAGCUCACUGCUGAGCACCCUAGCAUUGUGGUGGGCACACCAGGACGUGUGUACGACAUGCUGAACAGGGGAUUUCUGUCUGCAAAAUACAUGAAGAUGUUUGUCCUGGAUGAAGCCGAUGAGAUGCUGAGUCGAGGGUUCAAAGAUCAGAUCUACGAGAUCUUCCAGAAGCAGAGCACAAACAUUCAAGUGGUCCUGCUCUCUGCCACCAUGCCAGCAGAAGUGUUGGAGGUGACCAAGAAGUUCAUGCGAGACCCCAUUCGCAUCUUGGUGAAGAAAGAAGAGCUCACCCUCGAGGGUAUCAAGCAGUUCUACAUAAAUGUGGAGCGAGAGGAGUGGAAGCUGGACACCCUGUGUGAUCUGUAUGAAACUCUUACAAUCACCCAGGCUGUCAUUUUCCUCAACACCAGGAGAAAAGUCGACUGGUUGACUGAGAAGAUGCACACUAGAGACUUCACCGUUUCUGCUCUGCACGGUGACAUGGACCAGAAGGAGCGGGAUGUCAUUAUGAGAGAGUUUAGGUCUGGCUCAAGCAGAGUGUUGAUCACUACUGAUCUUCUGGCUCGUGGGAUUGACGUUCAGCAGGUUUCCCUGGUCAUUAACUAUGACCUUCCUACAAACCGAGAGAACUACAUUCAUAGAAUCGGUCGUGGUGGCCGUUUUGGCAGAAAAGGAGUUGCGAUCAACUUUGUCACUGAGGACGACAAGAGGAUUCUUCGGGAUAUCGAGACGUUUUACAAUACUACCGUGGAGGAGAUGCCUAUGAAUGUGGCCGACCUGAUUUGAGCCCUGAGGUUAUUUUUUUAAACGCAGUGAUAGCGAUCGUCCACUUGCAUUGUGCUUAUAUUAUUCGAGGGGGAAAAAAAACUUCUCAAUGCUAAACCUUGGAUCUGAAUUUUGGUAUGUGUUUAAAAGCGAGGUGACUUCUAUGGUGGUCCCUCUUGGACAGUUGUAGAUUCUAACCUCGACAGACGGCUGGUUGGAUCUACAAAGCCAUGGGUUCUGUAAACUUAAAGAUUCUUAUCAGGUAUUUCUUUCCAUGUUCAAUUAAGAUGUGUGUAUUUGAUGUUCUCCACCAUUUAGUAACUUACUUGUGGACUAAAAGGUAUAAGUGCUGUAUAAAGUCUGCAAAUUAUGUUAUGCUAACAUAUGUGCGAAGUAUUGUGGGACUGCUUAAUAGAGGCAUUUGUCAUGUUUUACUGUAGAUUCACUUGCUUUUUAUUAUCUUUUGUGAAUGUGUUAAUUUAAAUGUACCUUUUUUUUUUUAAUCCCACUUGCUCUAUCAGAGUUCCUCACUGGUUGGCCAUAUUUUGCUGACAUGGUUUUACCCUUACCAGAGUAUAUUGCUAUUUACCCCCUUGACUACUUUUCAUAUUUCCUCCUCCCUAGAAUUGUAUGAAUGUCUUAAUAAACUGAAAUUGCUGUAAGUAAA